GUGGCCGAGGACUUGGAUGCAGCCACCCUGCGGGUCUUGGCUCCCCGUGCCGAGGUUCUCGCCCAGCCGGACUCGGCCGGGCAAACAGCGCUGCAUUUGGCUGUUCGGGCACGGCCCGACGAUGAUGUCACGGCCGUGACUGCGCUGCUCGUAGCAAUGCGAGCAGACCUCGCCCUUCGGAACCAACGGGGAGAGACGCCGUUGCUGCUGGCGGUUCGUGCCGCCUUGGCUGCCGGAGUCCAGGGGGAUGGCCCCUGGCUACUUCCUAUCCGCCUCAUGCUGGAGGCGAAGGCAGCUGCUUGUGCAUCUGACAACCAGGGAAGGGCUGCCUUGACGUAUUCCGCGGCAGCAAACAAUCUGUCUCUCUGCCGCCUGCUGCUGGACUUCCGUGCCGAUCCAGAACAGCGCAACGCGUCCGGGGCAACUGCCCGGAGUGUGGCGAGCCGCCAAGGACACCAGCAUGUUGUCGAGUUGUUGGCGCAGGCUGCGCGUCCAGUUCGACCUGAAGCAAAGCCUUCAGUAAAGCCUCAAGCCACGAACAGGGUUCCCAACCCUCCGCAGCUCUCGCCCAUGGAGCGACUACGUGAGGAAUGUCGCAGGGCGCAGAUUCCGAUCGAUUGGUGCUCGACUGAAGAACAGUUGAGGGAGUUGAAAGGACGCUGGCAACAUUUGAGCUGCCUGUCCAUGCAGCAGCUGGUGCAGGAGGCCAAGAUGCAGCGCAUCAACACGCAGGGCGCCUCCAAACCGGAGGAGCUUCGCAAGCGCCUUGUGCAGCAGCAUUGCUGGGAGAUGAUGACGGACCAGGAGCUGCAGCAAUGCUGCUUCGCACAGGGCGUGCUGUUCCCAAAGAACUGCUUUAACACGCAGUUUGCCGCAAACCGAGAGGCUGACAGGCUGGACAUCAUCACUCGGCUCAAGGAAGCAACCUUCGGCCUCCGACCAGGAGAGUUUGGGCCGCUUCCCGUGGAUCCGAAGAAAGCAGCUGAGCCUCGAGGUUCUACCGGCUUUCGCCCACCUCCUCGGCCGAAGGCUCGCUCACCUCCGCGCCGUGAGCAAGAGCACAAAGAAGCAGAAGCAGAGGACAGAGGCGACCAGAAAGAUGCUGGGCCUCGAGUUCGUCGGCUACUCCAGGAGUUCCCGGGCUUCUGUGGCGAAAUGCCGGGGCUCGAAGCGGAGACCUGGUCUGAGCAGGAGCUGAAACAGUACUUUUAUUCUAACGGCUACAUUCGGCCAAAGAGACGAGAAGUUCAUCAGCCCACUCGGGAGGAGGCUUCCGUGCGCCAGCAUCUGGCGACCCUCGGCCUCACGGCACCGGCGUCGGCCGAAGCGGUGAAACGCGCCUUCCGUAGUCUUGCUUUGAAGUAUCAUCCCGACAAGCGACCGGAUGAUCAGACUCGAAGUGCGGAUUUCCAGCGCAUCAAGGAUGCAUACGAUGCGCUGACGGCGGCCGGCCUGGCUUAG